ACCUGAACCCAGCUGUGUGUCCAUGGAGCCACCACUGCUUUAAAAAAAUACCUGUAAGGGGGAGGUGAAAAGAAAUGGAGGAGAGGCUUUUUGAAAUGGAGAAGAGAGGCUUGAUGGAGAGACUUGAAUGGCAGAAGGAGAGAACUGCAAUGGAACGUGAAAUAGAAAUGUUAAGAAGAAGAUCGAGGACCCAGCAGAGACCAGAUUCUCCUGAACCUGAUCCUAAACCUGAACCCAGCUUUGUGUCCUUUAAGAGCGACCAGUCAUAUCAAGGCCUCAUUGACUUUAAAGGAGAACAACCCCCUGCUGAAAAGAGAUUGGACCAGGAGAGCUCAGAGGCUACCAGUGGUCAGUCUGCCCAGCAGCAACAAACACACCUGGACUCCAUCUUUAUGCUGCUGGAGGACGAUAUAGUCACUUUUGUGAAGAACGAGCUAAAGAAGAUCCAAAAGCUUCUGAGACCAGAUUGCCCAGAAUGCUCAGAGAGUCAGAGGGAGGGGGGAGAUGAAGAGCAGAGGAGGAGCAGAGAGGCAUUUCUGAAGAUCACACUGCACUUCCUGAGGAGAAUGAAGCAGGACAAGCUGGCUGACCGUCUGCAGAGCAGAAGUCCAUCAGGAGUUUCUAAGCGUAAACUCAAAUCUAACCUAAACAGGAAGUUCCAGCGUGUGUUUCAGGGGAUUGCUGAAGCAGGAAACUCAACCGUUUUGAAUCAGAUGUUCACAGAGAUCUACCUCAAAAAGGGAGGGGCUGCAGGGGUCAAUUAUGAACAUGAGGUCAGACAGAUUGAAACAGCAUCUUGGAGAUCAGACAAACCAGAAACAACAAUCAGACAAGAAGACAUCUUUAAAACCCCACCUGGAAGAGAUGAACCAAUCAGAGUAGUGAUGACAAAGGGAGUGGCUGGCAUCGGGAAAACAGUCUUAACACAGAAGUUCACUCUGGACUGGGCUGAAGGCAAAGCCAACCAGGACAUCCAGUUCACAUUCCCAUUCACCUUCAGAGAGCUGAAUGUGCUGAAAGAGAGAAAGUUCAGCUUGGUGGAACUUGUUGAUUACUUCUUUAGUGAAACUAAAGAAGCAGGAAUCUGCAGGUUUGAAGAGUAUCCGGUUGUCUUCAUCUUUGACGGUCUGGAUGAGUGUCGACUUCCUCUGGACUUCCUCAACACUAAAAUCCUGACUGAUGUCACAAAGUCCACGUCAGUGGGUGGGCUGCUUACAAACCUCAUCAGGGGGAAUCUGAUUCCCUCUGCUCGCCUCUGGAUAACCACACGACCCGCAGCAGCCAAUCAGAUCCCCCCUGGAUGUGUUGACAUGGUGACAGAGGUCAGAGGGUUCACGGACCCACAGAAGGAGGAGUACUUCAGGAAGAGAUUCAGAGAUGAGGCGCAGGCAAGCAGAAUCAUCUCCCACAUCAAGACAUCACGAAGCCUCCACAUCAUGUGUCACAUCCCAGUCUUCUGCUGGAUCACUGCUACAGUUCUGGAGGACAUGUUGAAGACCAGAGAGGGAGGAGACCUUCCCAAGACCCUGGCUGAGAUGUACAUCCACUUCCUGGUGGUUCAGUCCAAAGUGAAGAACAUCAAAUAUGAUGGAGGAGCUGAGACAGAUCCAACCUGGAGUCCAGAGACCAGAAAGAUGAUUGUGUCUCUGGGAAAACUGGCUUUUGAGCAGCUGCAGAAAGGCAACCUGAUCUUUUACGAAUCCGACCUAAGUCAGUGUGGCAUCGACAUCAGAGCAGCCUCAGUGUACUCAGGAGUGUUCACACAGCUCUUUAAAGAGGAGAGAGGACUGUACCAGGACAAGGUGUUCUGCUUUGUCCAUCUGAGUGUUCAGGAGUUUCUGGCUGCUCUUCAUGUCCAUCUGACCUUCACCAACUCUGGAGUCAACCUGCUGUCAGAAGAACAAACAUCAUCAACACAGUUCUACCAGAGUUCUGUGGACAAGGCCUUACAGAGUCCAAAUGGACACCUGGACUUGUUCCUCCGUUUCCUCCUGGGUCUUUCACUGCAGACCAAUCAGAAUCUCCUACGAGGUCUACUGACACAGACAGGAAGUAGCUUAGAGACCAAUCAAAAAACAAUCAAGUACAUCAAGAAGAAGAUGGAUGAGGAUCUGUCUACAGAGAGAAGUAUCAAUCUGUUCCACUGUCUGAAUGAACUGAAAGAUUGUUCUCUAAUCGAACAGAUCCAAUGGUACUUGAGAUCAGGACUUCUUUCCAGAUAUAAACUGUCUCCUGCUCCGUGGUCAGCUCUGGUCUUCAUCUUACUGUCAUCAGAAGAAGGCCUAGAUGUGUUUGACCUGAAUAAAUACUCUGCUUCAGAGGAGGCUCUUCUGAGGCUGCUGCCAGUGUUCAAAGCCUCCAAAAAAGCUCUACUGAGUGUCUGUAACUUGUCAGAGAGAAGCUGUGAAGCUCUGUCCUCAGUUCUCAGCUCCCAGUCCUCUAGUCUGAGAGAGCUGGACCUGAGUAACAACAACCUGCAGGAUUCAGGAUGGAAGCUGAUCUCUGAUGGACUGAAGAGUCCACACUGCACACUGGAGACUCUCAGGCUGAGUGGCUGUAACCUGUCAGAGAGAAGCUGUGAAGCUCUGUCCUCAGUUCUCAGCUCCCAGUCCGCUAGUCUGAGAGAGCUGGACCUGAGUAACAACAACCUGCAGGAUUCAGGAGGGAAGCUGAUCUCUGAUGGACUGAAGAGUCCACACUGCACACUGGAGACUCUCAGUCUGUCAGGCUGUCUGAUCUCAGAGGAAGGCUGUUCUUCUCUAGUCUCAGCUCUGAGCUCCAACCCCUCCCAUCUGAGAGAGCUGGACCUGAGCUACAAUCAUCCAGGAGACUCAGGAGUGAAGUUACUGUCAGCGGGACUGAAGGAUCCUCUCUGGAGACUGGACACUCUCAGGUUGGAGCCUGCUGGAGUCAGAUGGUUGACACCAGGUCUGAGGAAGUAUUCCUGUGAACUCACACUCGACACCAACACAGUAAACAGAAAACUCAAUCUGUCUGACAACAACAGGCAGGUGACAUUAGUAGAGGAGGAUCAGCCGUAUCCUGAUCACCCAGAGAGGUUUGACUCCUGGUAUCAUCAGCUGCUGUGUAGAGAUGGUCUGACUGGUCGCUGUUACUGGGAGGUUGAGACAAGAGGAGGGGUUUACAUAUCAGUGAGUUACAGAGGAAUCAUGAGGGGAGGAGACAGUUCUGACAGUGUGUUUGGACGUAAUGAUCAGUCCUGGAGUCUGAUCUGCUCCGAUGGUCAUUACUCUGUCUGUUACAAUAACAGAGAAACAGCCAUCUCCUCCUCCUCUGUCUCUGGUAGAGUAGCGGUGUAUGUGGACUGUCCUGCUGGCGCUCUGUCCUUCUACACAGUCUCCUCCGACUCCCUGAUCCACCUCCACACAUUCAACACCACAUUCACUCAGCCUCUCUAUCCUGGGUUUAGGUUCUGCUCUCCUGGCUCCUCAGUGUCUCUGUGUCCUGUGUAGAAUGGAGAGUCUCCUCCUGUUUCUCACUGCUGAUCAGCUGAGUCUGCACAGGAUCACACUUACAGAAAUAUGUCAGGUUAUUGUCAUGAACUAAUGAAUGAACUUUGUAUGAAAUAAUUCAGGAUGAUUGAACAGGUUCCUCGAUGAACAUUGUGAACUUCUUCCACUUCCAGUCCUUUAAAGACGGAAGCUGUGAUCAUGAAGUUUUAGAAAUGCCGUUGACUUGGGUCAUGUUUAGUUUUGAGUUCUGUCUCUUUUCACAAUAAAAGCAUGAAGU